AUGGAAAAGAUACAAAUAGCUAGCUGGAACGUGAAUGGGUGGAAAAAGAGUUGUGAGUUAAUAAAAAAAAAAAAUGGAAAUUUAUUUGAAUUUUUGAAGAAGCUAAAUAUCGACAUACUAUGUAUACAAGAAACCAAAACGAAUGACUCGAUUAUUGAAAAUGAGUUUAAUCUGUUAGAGGCAUAUUCAGAUAAAUAUGAAUCAUAUUGGAAUAAUUGUAAAAAAAAAAAUGAGGGCCAUAAAACAUAUAAAGGUUAUUCGGGUAUUGCCACCUAUGUAUGUAAUGCAAAUAAAAUAAUUUGUUCUACUAAUAAUGCUUUUGAAAAUUUUUCUUUUUUUAUCGAUGAAGAUAUUUCAAGGUAUGACUUGCUCAUUAGGAGAGAGUUCCCUCUGGAUGGCUCUUCCUUGUCCUUCUUCAUAGCAGGAAAUGAACACGGGAUUCCUGAAUGUUUAAGUGGUAGCACAAAUGAAAGGGGAGAUUCUGAAGAAACGGAAAAAGUAAGAGAAAUGAAAGAAGUGAAUGGACAAGAAGGUAUGCAAGAUAUGCAGAGUGUGCAGAAUAUGCAAGAUAUGCAGAAUACGCAAGAUAUGCAGAAUUUGCAAGAUAUGCAGAAUACGCAAGAUAUGCAGAAUAUGCAAGAUAUGCAGAAUUUGCAAGAUAUGCAGAAUAUACAAAGUAUGAAAAAACGAAAAACCGAUGAAGGCACCUCAAGCAGCUCUGUUCAGGGGACUAGAAGUAGGAGCAGCACGCAGACUGGCAUCAACUGUCCGCUCAAAAGUGUACAAGAUUUUUUCAAUGAAGGAAGGAUACUAGUAACCAUGCAUAAGCAUUUUAUAAUUGUUAACAUUUAUGCUCCAUAUUCAGGGUGUAACUAUGAUAGGUUAAGCUACAAAAUGAUGUUUAUGCAUGCAGUUAGAGCAAAAAUAAUACAACUCAGAAUUACAACAGGUCUUCCUAUAAUUCUACUAGGUGAUUUGAAUAUAUCCUACCGAAAUAGAGAUGUAUACUACCUUAAUAAUAUUAUAAAUCUAGAAAGCAUGAUGAAAAAUUUAAAAAAAAUUAAAUUAAAAGAAAAUUUGUCAAACAAAAUUUGUCAGCAAUUGCCUAUAAUAUUUGAUACACUCAAAAAUAAAAAGAAUUUUAUCAUUAAAAAAAAAAUGUUAACACAGAAUAGUGAGUCAUAUUCUUUUUUCCUAAAUUUUAAUGGUGAUAUAAAAAAAAUUGGAAGUAAUGCCUUCAGUUCGCAAGAAGAAAUUUACUUUUUCUUUUCCUUAGAUGAAAUGUAUGUAGAUGAUAAGUAUGUGGACUAUCCUCAUGAAUACUUUUUUUAUUUGAAUAGCUGUGUGGAUAGUGAUACUUUAAGUAGUGGUGCUUUGGGUAGCAUUUCACCGUGUAAUGAUUCAUCAGAUGCACAGGGGGGUUCAAGCAGUUCUGCAGUGGAGGAAGAGAUUUGCAAAAAGGGUACUACAUUCAAAGGGGUUAACUGCAAAAAUGCUGAUCCUCCCAGCAUUUGUAGAUGUGAGCAAUGUAGCUUAAACCAUGUAGACGACUUAACAUACCGAGAUGCACCUUACAUUGGAAAUAACCACUCAUAUAGCCACUCCAAUUGCAAUGAUGUAAAACCCUUUAAGCGGAUGAAGACAGAUGAAUACACUCCUAACAGUACAACUGAAAAGAGCGAAGAAUUGAAAAACCAGUUUGAAUCUUUUUUUUCAGAUAAUAAGCAUGUUAUGAACAGAAUUAUCAAAAACGAAAACAACGAAAUAGAAGAGGAAUAUCUAUUAAAAAAUGCGCAAAACAUUACCUAUUAUUAUAAUGAUAAGUUAAAAUGUAAGAUAAAAGGUUCUACAAAAAUUUUAUGUAAGUAUACGUAUAAAAAUUGUUCUACAGGAAAAUACUUAGUUAAAGGUAAAAACUGUUUGUAUCUAAAGCACUUAAAUGAUAUAUUUCUAUCAUUAGGUAUUAUCCUUUCAGAUGAUGAUAUGUUAAGUAUAGCUAAUGCUGUAGGGUGCUCCUCUUCUCCCCAAUGCUGUACAAAUUUUUUAAAAAAUUUAAUUUAUGAAGAUAAAAUGAUAGAUACCUUUUCAUUCUUUUAUCCAAACAUAAACGGAAAAUUUACUUGUUGGGAUACCUAUAAACAGUACAGAGUAACCAAUGAGGGUUCUCGCAUUGAUUACAUUUUCAUUGAUUAUAUUUUGUACGAAUAUUUUAUAAAGAGCUAUAGGCACCUGUACGAAUCUCCCGUUGUUUUGAACGAACACUUGAAGUGUUUACUGCUUCCAGAGGGAGAGAGAAGCGGGGUGCUUAUAAGAGAAGGGUAUAGGAGUAGAAGCGAUAAAAGCGGGGGCGAUAGAAUUGGGGGUGAUAGAAACGAGGACGAUAGUAGCGGGGGUGGCAAUGAUGACAAACUAAGCUACGAAAGCAUAAACUCGCCCACAAAUAACCGAAAUUACGCAAAUUAUUUCGAUAAACUGAAAAAAAAAAAAGCUUAUACGGUUAGAGAAGAUGUAAUACAUAGUGAAGAGGACGACAUGUAUGAUUUUCAAUUUAAAAUUUUAAGUUUCAUCGGUUUAAUUUAUACAACUCCAAAACUAAGUGAUCACAUUGCUGUUAACUGUACAUUUAUUAACCCAAAAGAAGUAAUGAAUGAAGGGAAAAAGAAAAAAAAAAAUUUCGGCAUAUGCUGUUCCGAUAACACUAUCUCUUUAAGAGCAUUCUGUCUGUCGACAUAUCAAUAUAUGGCUUGUCUACCACUAUAUUUAAUUAAUUCUUCCUUGUUUUCUUUAUGUUCAUAUACGUUCCUUACUCAUAUUCAUGCGCAUAAUAAACCAUGCCACAAUAUUAUAAAAACACAACCACACAAGAAAACGAAGAAAAUUACUCAGUUUUUUACUCUAAUCAAAAAAAAAGAAGAGAAAAAAAAAUAA